AUGAAUGGAUGGAUGAUAUUCUUGGAAAUCUGCUGGGCAGUUUCAGUAAUAUGGCCUCUGCCUGCUUAUGGACUGUGUGGUCAAGAUGCAGGUCGCUUAAUUGAGGAUCUUCUUGCCGACUAUAAUAAACUUGUUAGGCCGGUGGAAAAUGACAGUGAUACACUGAUUGUUCGCCUGAAACUGAAACUUUCGCAACUCCUUGACGUUCAUGAGAAGAAUCAAAUAAUGACGACAAAUGUAUGGCUGCAACACGUAACUUUUUUUCAUACUUUUCAGUUUUUAAAAAAUAAUUUACCCACCUCUGAUAAUGUUUUAUUACCUAUUUUAAGAUGA